AGAGGCAUGACAACAUGAAGAACCCGAAAUACAUCUGCGAGACGUGAUCGCGUUUGAUGGGUAUCGAAGGAGUGUGUGUGGGAUAGGUUAAAACCAUUUUAAACGAAUGGGCAACGCCGGGUCGACGAAGCCCACCAUGGCGGUGCGCGACAGCCUUCAUCAUCACCCCCAUCACCACCACCACCACCACGGGGUGGCGCCCGUGAAAACGGAGGUGGGCAAACCUGUUAGCGCCGACGUUUGCAACAAUGACAGUAGCAGUGCUGAUGAAGAGUGGCGCUCAGAUUCACCCAUGCCGGACGCCAUGGAGCUGGAGCGGCGCUUUACUAAGGCUCUGGCGUCCAUGGAUCUUCCACCUGACAAAGCCAAGGUGCUCAAAGGAUACGAAAACCAAAAAAAGUGGAACCUUAUUUGCAACCAAGAAAGAAUGCAUGCGAAAGAACCACCGAGCCACUACCUCGACAAACUCAAGGUCUACAUGGAUCCCAAGGCUUCUCGAAGUUCGCGGAAGAAGCGUCUGCUCGGCGGUCGCACGUCCACUCAACUUCUCCGUAAUCUCGAGACGUCGCUUCGCACGAACCACAUCGAAUGGGUCCGGGAAUUCCUGAGCGACGAGAACAAGGGUCUGGACGUGCUCAUCAGCUACUUGUCAUAUCGUCAAGUGUACAUGCGAAAUUACAUCGUCGUGCUGGAAGGCGACGAUGAGGACAAGAUAAAUGGACUCGAAACGCGAACUCGGGCCAGUGACAUCUUCCCAGAUCAUCCGCCUCACUCGCCGAAAAUUCAACACAGAGCGUCUAUUUUGAAGCAUCACGAGACCAAGUUGAACAUGGGGGUUGCCCACGAUGACAUACACGUUUGCAUCAUGUGCCUUCGCGCGAUCAUGAACAACAAGUACGGAUUCAACAUGGUUAUCAAGCACAAGGAAGCUAUUAAUUCCCUGGUCCUGGGCAUGAACCAUGACCGUCAAGGUACCAAAGCGCUAGUGUUGGAGCUCUUGUCGGCGAUUUGCCUGGUCAAAGGCGGCCAUCAGAUCAUUCUAGGUGCAUUUGACAAUUUCAAACUCGUCUGCGCCGAGAGCCAUAGGUUCCAGAUCUUGAUGCACUACUUCAGAAACUACAAAGAGUUCCAUGUCGAGUUCAUGGUCGCCUGCAUGCAGUUUAUCAACAUCGUGGUCCACUCGGUGGAAGACAUGAACUUCCGAGUGUUUUUACAGUAUGAAUUCACGCAACUCGGGCUGGAUGCGUACCUCGAAAAGAUUCGGUGGACAGAAAGUGACGAAUUGCAAGUACAGAUAGCGGCGUAUUUAGAUAACGAAUUUGACGUUGCUGCGUUGAUGGAAGACAGUAUGACGAAGGGUGCUGCGUUGGAGCGGGUGUCGGAUCUGCAGGAAGACCUUGCUCGAAUGAAAGAACUCUGCAGCACUUUGGAAAACGAACACAUUGCAAAAAUGGUUGAGCUUGAGAUGCAACUGUCGGAGGCGAGACGAGAGAAGGAAGACCUGCUGCAAACGAAGCAAUCCAUUUCCGAAGAAAUUUCCACCCUAAAGCGUGCCGUGACGGAAAAGGAAGAAGAAUCCAGACAACGGCAAUCCAUGCUGGAGAAACACAUUGCUGAGCUAGAACAGGGUUCUGGAGUGACUUCCACGCUUCCUAUGCCUAUCAAAUCAUCAGCCCCGGCUGCGCCUCCGCCGCCUCCUCCACCUCCGCCUCCACCACCACCGCCGCCUCCUCCGCCACCAGGCAUGGGUGCGCCGGCUCCACCACCUCCUCCGCCGCCUCCUGGUACCGCCAAUGCCAUGACCAUCAAGCGGAAGUUCCAUUGCAGCAAAUACAAGCUACCGAUGCUGAACUGGGUUGCUAUGACCCCGAACCAAGUCAAAGGCACGAUUUUCAGCGGUCUGGAUGACGUGAAGCUCCAAGGCGUGAUCGAUUUUAACACAUUUGCGGAAAUGUUCAAGCUUGGUCCUGCGGAAGGCGUGAGUUCUCCCGAGGAUGAAGUGGAAGGACUCAGUAACUUCCCGAGCAAACGAUUUAAGAAGCCGGAGACCAUCUCGCUGUUGGAGCACACGCGCUUGCGAAACAUCGCGAUUUCCAGAAGGAAGCUAGACCUUUCAGUGGAAAGUGUGACGAGGAGCAUAAAUUCUUACGAUUUGAAGACAAUGCCUGUGGAAGCGGUCGAGCUGGUGCAGAGAAUGGUUCCAACUGAGGCCGAAGUUAAAGCUUACAAAGAGUAUGAACGAGAACGACGUGACUUGAGCAAGCUCACGGAAGAAGAUAGGUUCUUGCUUCAGCUGACCAAAAUUGAGCGCCUGGGAACCAAGCUGACGAUCAUGAAAUACAUGGCUGAUUUCGGAGAAAGUGUCGCCACUCUGAUGCCGCAAUUCCAUUCCGUCAUUGCUGCAUCCAGAUCAGUGAAAAAUUCUGGGAAAUUCCGCGGUAUUUUGGAGAUCGUCUUGGCGUUGGGGAAUUAUCUGAAUUCGAGCAAACGGGGUCCAGCGUACGGAUUCCAUCUUCAGAGUCUGGAGUCUCUGGUGGACACCAAGUCUGGGGACCGGCGAUGGUCAUUGCUUCAUUACAUAGCUGAUGUCGUGCGAAGCAAGUUUCCGGAUCUGGUGACUUUUGAAGCCGAGUUGCGGUAUAUUGAAAAGGCCGCGCAAGUUUCUGUGGAGAAUCUCAUGGGAGAAAUGGCGGAUUUGGACAAAGGCAUGGAGUUGGUGCGACGGGAAGUGGCUGCGGCAUUACAGGGUGUUUCCUCCAGUUCAGUCGCUGAUAAGCAGCUGGCUGUCAAAGAUUUCUUGGCUGAGUCGGAAGAGAAGCUGAGAAAGUUGAAGGCUGAUUGUAACAUGGCUAUGCAGGUUUACUCCGAAGUAGCUGAGUAUUUUGGCGAAAGUUCUCGAGUGAUCGGAAGCAGUGCUUUCUUCUCCAUGUUCGUGCGGUUCUUGAGAGCAUAUCGAUCAGCGGACGAAGAAAAUGUGCAUAGGCGUAAGCUGGAUGCUGCACAUAAUGGGAGUGAAACUGCGAAGCGGGAUUUGGCUGCAACGAACAAAGACCGGCAACAGGCUGUGGUUAACGAACUCAAAGGCCGGACUUUGCAGGAGAAGCAGUUACUGCCACAGGAUCAGGUGAACGACGGGACAUUGGAGGAUUUGUUGAGUCGGCUACAUAGACCUGGGUUACCAUCAGAUAAGCAGUGUGUAUUCCUGUCUUCCUCUGGUGUGAGCAUGCCGGCUUACCAUUCCCAGAUAUCUUCUGCACCGCAAGUGAUAGGCAAUACCGCCCUUCUCCCCGUGAAGACAACGUUCAGGGGCCCUGCUGGAAAAAUUGUCGAUGCGAACGAGCAGGACAUCAUCGACGAAGCUUUGUAUUAUUUCAGGUCCAAUGUGUUCUUCAGAACCUACGAAAUAAGGUCUGAAGCGGACCGUGUGCUCAUUUACUUGACGCUUUACACCACCGAAUGCCUGAAAGAACUUCAAAAGUGUCCGAAUAAGAAUGCCGGUGUCCAGAAAAUGUAUUCCCUGGCCAUUUCUCGGUUUGAUAUUCCUGGUGACCCGGGGUUCCCUCUGAACCCGGUAUACGCUAAACCUGCAAGCCCUCAAGAAGCUGAUCUUAUGAGGCAGUAUUUUACCCAGUUACGCCAAGAACUUGGAGUAAGACUCUGCGACAAAGUCUUCGAUACAAAGGACGGAAAGCCAUCGAAGUGGUGGCUGUGUUUUGCUCGUCGUCGCUUCAUGGACAAGUCACUGUCCAGCCUUGGUCAAUGA